CGCCCAUGUGAGCUAUCCUCUUGCUUGCUGGGUCUGUUUGGCGGCGCCAGGCCGCUGGGGACCGUAAUGCUGAGGGCGGCACGAAUAUCGCUCCCGUGGGUCAGAGCUCAGGCCCGGUCCCUGGUAUUCGGGCCAGCUGCCGGAGCAGCCGCUGGGCCUCAGCUCGCCCUCCGGCCUCCUGGAAAUGGCCUCCUCCUCCAAGCAGCCCGAACCUAUGCAGAUAAGAAACCAGUAAUCCAGUCCAGCCAGAUGGAUGACCUGCCUUCAUCCUUGCUGAUAAAAGAUUAUCAGAACGUCCCAGGAAUUGACAGGACUGAUGAUAUUGUGAAAAGACUCUUAUCCCUGGAAAUGGCCAAUCAGAAGGAGAAGAUGAAGAUAAAGACUGAGCAGCUGCUAAAUAAGAUGUCAAUAAAUCCAGAAGACACCAAAUCACUGGAAGCUCGAGUUACAAGACUGACAGUCAAGAUCCGCAAUUAUGAGGAACACAUGCAGAAACACCGCAAGGACAAGGCUCAUAAGCGAUGGCUGCUCAUGUCCAUUGACCAGAGAAAGAAACUACUCAAAAACCUUCGGCAGACCAACUUUGAGGUGUUUGAGAAGACAUGUAAAGAUCUGGGCAUUGAGUACACAAUUCCCCCUAGGUAUAACCAGCCUAAGCACCGACGGUGGGUGGCUAAGAAGGCUUUUUGUAUUAAGGUUUUCCAGGAAGCACAAAAGCUGAAGAAGCUAAAGAAGAAAGAAGUAGAACUAAAGAAGAAAGAAACAAAGAAGCCAGAGACUCAGGAAUCUUUAGUUUGAUGGCCCAGUAGAAGUUGGCCCAAUGAUCUUGGGGCAUUUAAUCUAAUAUAAAAAAAUAAAUUAAGUUAAAACCUG